AUGUGACUUCUGCCUUCUGCUAUUCGUGACACGCCUCAGAAAAUAAACCUAAAUUUGUGAAUCGAAUAAUUAUUUUUCUUCAUUGUGUCGUUUUAGUGAUAUAGACGUUUUAAAAUUACGUAACUGUUGUGGAAUCUCGAAGUGUAUAAAGAAUGGCCUGAGUGUGACCACUCCAUUACCGUCAUGUGUGACGAAGGAAUGUUUGUUUAGGCUCUGAUACUGUGCUGCGACCUUCCGGGAGUGCGCGUUCGUCUCGUAGACCGGGCCGGAUCAUGACUCUGCCCGAACCAAAACAAACUUCGCAUUGAACACAGUCGACGUAUUGUCAUUUGGGACACUUUAUAUCGCCAAAAUGUCUUCGGGAGCGUUUGUGGACAGGAUCGAUCCUUUCGCCAAGCGGUCGCUGAAGAAGAAAACGAAGAAAUCGCAAGGCUCAUCGCGAUACCGCAACACGCAGGGCGUGGAGCUGCAGGCGCUGCCGCUGCUGAAAGAUGUGCCGAGCAGCGAGCAGGAGGAGCUGUUUAUCCGCAAGCUGCGGCAGUGCUGCGUGUCGUUCGACUUCAUAGACCCGGUGUCGGACCUCAAGGACAAGGAGAUCAAGCGUACGACGCUCAACGAGCUGGUCGAGUACAUCACCGUCGGCCGCGGGGUGCUCACUGAGCCCGUCUACCCGGAGAUUAUUAAAAUGAUAUCGGCGAACCUGUUCCGUACUCUGCCGCCGAGUGAAAAUCCUGACUUCGACCCUGAGGAGGACGACCCGACCCUGGAGGCUUCGUGGCCGCACCUCCAAAUAGUGUAUGAGUUCUUCCUGCGCUUCCUCGAGUCCACUGACUUUCAGCCCACUAUCGGCAAGAAGGUCAUCGACCAGAAGUUUGUAUUGCAGCUUUUAGAAUUGUUCGACUCGGAGGACCCGCGCGAGCGCGACUUCCUCAAGACGGUGCUGCACCGCAUCUACGGCAAGUUCCUGGGGCUGCGCGCUUUCAUACGGAAACAGAUUAACAACAUAUUCCUGCGGUUCGUCUACGAGACUGAACACUUCAACGGCGUUGGCGAACUUUUAGAAAUAUUGGGAAGUAUAAUAAACGGGUUCGCCCUGCCGCUGAAGAGCGAGCACAAGCAGUUCCUAGUGAAGGUGCUGCUGCCGCUGCACAAGGUGAAGUGCCUGUCGCUCUACCACGCGCAGCUCGCCUACUGCGUCGUGCAGUUCCUCGAGAAGGAUGCCACGCUCACCGAGCCCGUCGUGCGCGGACUCUUGAAGUUCUGGCCCAAAACCUGCUCACAGAAAGAGGUGAUGUUCUUGGGCGAGAUCGAGGAGAUAUUGGACGUGAUUGAGCCGGCUCAAUUCGCGAAAAUACAGGAACCUCUCUUCAGGCAAAUAGCGAAAUGUGUAUCCAGUCCACACUUUCAGGUGGCAGAACGGGCACUCUACUUCUGGAACAACGAAUACAUAAUGUCGCUAAUGGAAGAGAACAACCACGUGAUCAUGCCGAUAAUGUUCCCGGCGUUGUACCGGAUUAGCAAGGAACACUGGAACCAGACCAUCGUCGCGCUCGUCUACAACGUGCUCAAGACAUUCAUGGAGAUGAACUCGAAGCUCUUCGACGAGCUCACCGCAAGCUAUAAGGCGGAACGGCAGAGAGAGAAGAAGCGCGAGAAGGAGCGGGACGAGCUGUGGAAGCGGCUGGGCGAGCUGGAGCUGAGCCAGCAGCGCGCGGCGGGGGCGCUGCCCGCCAAGUGAUCGCCGGCGCGCGCCGCCUCCGCCCGCGCCACACAAUAAUACGCCACUCCUUUUAUUUUCACUUAUCUAUUCGUAUUUUCUAUUCGAUUACAUUUUUGUUAAUGACGUUAUUAAUUUUUUAUACCUCUAAUGACUCGUUCGUUCGGGUAUCCCCCGAUGUCUCCGGAUUCGGUUCGCUCGGGAGUCCCGCGGGCGCGGCCGCUGGGCCCGCGUCCGCGUCCGCCGUAUCGUACCUCGUUCAAAUUGCUGCAGUGCUAUCGAAUGUCCGCAUCCCGAAUGCACCGUCAUUAUUGUACUAGUAUUUUAUAUACGUUUACAUAGGUCACUAGUUUACUUUAGGAUUUUUUAAAUAUUGUUAAAUUGUUUAAAUAAGUUAAAAGUUGUAUGUAUUAUUGAUGCAUGAUCGAUUGUACCGCAUUUCGGAUCACCGAUAAUUGUAUUAAUCGGGCACCCAGCUUUCGGCUGAUUAUGAUUGUACAAAAAUGAAUAGGGCAAUUUGAGAUGUAAUUUGUUUAGUGAGGGCGCUGCACGGCGGCGGAGCUCGGCGCGGCCCGGGUCGCCGCCGGUGGUAUUGAGCUGUAUUGCGCUGUGCUGCUCUGUACUGAUCUGUGCUGCACUGUACUGAGCUGCGCUGUGGUGAACUUAGCUCUACUGCGUUGUACUGAACUGUGCUGCGCUAUACAGAGCUCUACUGAACUGAGCUUUGCUGCGCUGUACAGAGCUGUGCUGCGCUGUACUGCGCUCUACUGCGCUGUACUGAGCUCUGUUGCGCAGUACUGUGCUGCUCUGUGCGCCGCGCCGCGUCCACCCGUAGAUUGUUGUAUGAAAUUUUCAUUUUAAAUUAGAUGCUCGAUUCAAAAAAAAUGUAAUUUCGUCGUACUAUCAUUUUGUAUAGUUACAUAGUGUAAAUAGGCAUUUAUUUAUUAUAAAUUUAUAGCAGUGUGAUUUUUAUACAUAGCUGCGGGAGUGGGACACUAUAAUUGGGCAAAAUCGGUCAGAGCGAACUGGAGACUACUCAUGUAUCAUGCAUACAGCUCGAUAAAACUAAAACGUUAAUUUGAUCAUAUUGGAGUAGAACAAUGCUAAAAGUAGAUAUAAUAAUUUGUAAGGGAAUAGUCAUUAAUUUGUAUGAUAUUACUGUAGCCAUUAAUUUUUUCUAUCAUCACUUGUAGAGCCGCGGGCGGGCCACACGGCGGCCCGCGCCUCUGUAUAUACCGAUACGCGACCUAGCGCUCUGCGUAUGUAUGUAUGUACACUAUGGAGAUGUUUGUUAUGUAAAAUGUAUUAACAUUGCAAAAAUUAUAUAUGAUCUUAUAUAUAAAUUACUAUUAUAGAACACAGUAUGAAAAUAAAAAAGUUGACUCACAUGAAUUGAAUUGUUUAAGUGUAUGUAAGUAGGCGGGCGCGGGCGGCGGCGGCUUGCCGCGCCGAGCCCGGCCCUACGGCCCUCGCCCUCGCGGCACUGAUAUCUCAGUUGCGCAACUGCUGCGGAAAUACACAAGAAAUUUUCACAUUACUCAGUUUUUCAUUUCUAACGAGGCCUCAACCUCUUUGAAUUCAUCUUAUUUCAUUCUGUGUUUUUCGUGAGUUUAUUUCCCGCAUUCAUAUCCAUAGGCAGUACUUUGACGUGUCUUCUCUCUCGCUCGCUUGUAAAGUUUUCCUCUCCCCAGCCUUAUUCUUAUUGCAAUCCAAAACUUGAAUAUUGUUUUAUAUCAUCCCAUGGUUAUUUAUGUUCUAUAUUUGAUGUUGUAUGGUUUAGAAAAUUUUAAAAGUUCAUUUAAAGUAAUCAAAUGUAAAAAGUACGUUGCUUAUAUCAUUUACUUGGUACUUUAUUUUACAGCAUACGACCUAUCCUGUAAUCUCAAUACUUAUCUAAAAUAUAUAAAAUAUUAUUAAUA